GAAGGAGACGAAGACGCAGCGAUGGGAAAAACUUCGGGAGCGAAACAGGCGACUGUGGUGGUCGCAGCGUUGGCGUUAGGAUGGUUAGCCAUAGAGAUCGCUUUCAAGCCUUUCCUCGACACAUUCCGUUCCUCAAUCGACAAAUCUGACCCGUCCAAAGACCCCGAUGACUUCGACACAGCCGACAAGGCAACCACAUCCAAAGAGGAUUGUCGAUUCGAGACGAGUGAGAUACAAGCGUCGUUAUUGAUGUCGACACCGUUAUUUACCGAUUCUUGGAGUUCAUGCAACACUGCAAAUUGCGACGGGAGGAUAAAGAUCCAGCUCAUCGCCGGAAUUACGUACGUUGCUAUACAGGCGGUGCCGAUGAUUCAGUUGGGAGAUCUUGUGGGCUUGCCAGUCGCCGGAGAUGUUCUUUUCCCUGGCUUAUCCACCGAUGAGCCUCUGCCUAUGGUCGACGCUGCCAUACUUAAGCUCUUUUUUCAAUUAAAGGUCAAGGAAGUAUUGGAAUUGGAAUUGGUAGGAAGACAGCUGGUGGUGAUAACCGGCCAUUCAACCGGUGGCGCAGUGGCUGCUCUCACCGCACUUUGGCUUCUAUCUCAAACUUCUCUGCCGCCAUUCCGCGUCUUUUGCAUCACCUUUGGCUCUCCUCUGCUCGGAAACCAAUCUCUGUCCACCUCAAUUUCACGAUCACGUUUAGCUCAUAACUUUUGCCACGUGGUUUCCAUCCACGACCUCGUUCCUAGAAGCAGCAAUGAACAAUUCUGGCCCUUUGGAACUUAUCUCUUCUGUUCCGACAAUGGAGGUGUCUGUCUAGACAACGCUGAUUCUGUUCUUCGGAUGUUUCAAAUGCUCAACGCCAUGGGAACUCCAAACAUCGAGGAACAUCAGAGGUACGGACACUAUGUGUUCACACUUUCUCACAUGUUUCUUAAAUCUAGAAGCUUUCUUGGUGGGAAUAUCCCCGACAAUAGCUACCAAGCUGGUGUUGCGUUAGCCGUUGAAGCUCUAGGUUUCUCUAAUGAUGACACAAGUGGUGUAUUAGUCAAGGAAUGUAUAGAAACAACUACAAGAAUUGUUCGGGCUCCGAUUUUGAGGUCAGCCGAGUUAGCCAAUGAUCUUGCUAGUGUCUUGCCAGCAAGACUUGAGAUUCAAUGGUACAAAGAUCGUUGCGACGCAUCAGAAGAGCAGCUCGGUUACUACGAUUUCUUCAAACGAUAUUCGUUGAAACGAGACUAUAAGGUGAACAUGAGUCGCAAAAGACUAGCUCAGUUUUGGGACAAAGUGGUUAAAAUGGUGGAGACGAAUGAGUUACCUUUUGAUUUUCAUCUAGGAAAGAAAUGGGUUUACGCAUCUCAAUUUUAUCAACUCUUAACCGAGCCACUCGACAUUGCGAAUUUCUACAAAAACAGAGAUAUAAAGAGUGGUGGACAUUACUUGGAUCAGGGGAAUAGACCUAAAAGGUAUGAGGUGAUUGAUCAAUGGCAGAAAGGAGUUGCAAAGCCCGAUAAGUGUGAGAGAAGCAUAUACACGAGCACUACGCAAGAUACUUGCUUUUGGGCUAAGCUUGAGGAAGUAAAAGAGUGUUUGGAUGAGGUGAUAAGAGAGAGUAGUGAUGCGCAGAAGCGAUCUUUGUUAUGGAAAAAGAUUCUUCUGUUUGAGAGUUAUGCGAAUACAUUGGUGAAGACGAAGGAGGUUUCUGUGGAUGUUUUGGCGAAGAACUCGAGUUAUAGUGUGUGGGUGGGAAAUCUGAGAGAGUUCAAGUUCAAAAUGGGUUAUGGAAAUGAAAUUGAGAUGGUUGUUGAUGAGAGUGACGCAAUGGAGACUUAGUAGGAUUAAUAGCAAAUCUAAUGUUUG